GUCUGUUUUCUAAACUUUAGAUCCUUCAAUCAAUCUUCUUGCAGCCCUGUAUGCUGAUCUACUCUGUUUUUUAAUAGAAGACAAUGAUUAUUUUGCAUGUUUUGUGAGUGUUACUUUUAUUUUUCUAAAACAUCUUAGUUUUCAUAUUGUUUUGCAUAAUAUAUGAUAGAUGCUGAGCUUUGUCUUUUGCAGUACGGAUUGGAUUGCCUGGUCUGAAGCAAAUUAGAGAAAAGGGGUGCCUGUUUAUGAUCAAACAGGUGUGGAAUUGUUAUUCUGCACGGUCUGUGAUUGUGGUGGAUGUUUGCUUCACAGUUGUUGAGAAUUCUCCAAACCCUCCCAACCGAUGUGAAUGCUGAACCCUGUUGAACCAAAGGGAACCAUGAAGGAAAAUCAGAAUGGAAUAUUGUACCAUUCAAAUGGCUAUGGAAGGGAUGUUGAUAUGUUAGCAUCGGAGAGGAAGGAUAAAGAUGAAUUCUGGAAAACUCGAGAUCUUAAGUGCUCUGUGGCUGUGGAUGAUUUUGCUUACAGUGAUGACAAAAUCAGAGAUUCCCAAUUGAAAGAAAAUCAGAGUGGUAUUUUGUGUCAAUCAAAUGACUGCGGGAGGGAUGAAGAUUCAUUAGCAUGUGACACAAACAACAGGGAUGAAUUAUGGAGUACUACAAAACUUGAAUCCUCUGUUGUAGAUGAUUUGACCAAUGGAAAUGAAAAGGAAAAUAAUGAUUCAGUGGCACCGUGUAGCAUUCAUUUGGAGUUAUUUCAGAAGGUCACAGAUUUAGUAUCAGAGACAAACGAACGAGAGGAAUUGUGGAGUACUCCAGAACUUGAAUGCACUGUUGUUGUGGAUGAUUUCACCAAUGGUAAUGAAAAUGAAUAUAGUGAUUCUGUGGCACCGUGUAGCAUUCAUUCACAAUCAUUUGACAAGGACACAGAUUUAUAUACGGACAAAAAUGUAAUGGAAUGUGAUCUGCCGGAGUUGAUAGUUUGUUACAGAGAGAGCACUUAUCAAAUUGUCAAGGACAUUUGCAUUGAUGAAGGGGUGUUUUGUGAGGACAAGAUCUUGACUGAAAAUAGUGAGGUUGAUCAGAAAGGUCUUCACACCUCCCUGCCUUGUGAUGAAAAUAAACAAACUGCUGAGGUCAGAGAAAGCGCUGAUAUAGGGUUGCUUGUUCCAAAUGGAUUGACAUCUUCAUCAGAAAAGGAUUGUGAUGACAAUUCUGCCAAAGAUAGUUGGACGAAAGAAAAAAGGGAUACUGAAUUGUUCAUUCCAGAUGAGUUGAAAUCUUCGUCAGAAGAUGGUAUAGACAUGGAUGCUGCUAAGGAAUGUGGUCCAGGGGAUUCAAUUCAAAUCGGUGAAGCAGAUAGUAAUGCAACUGACAAGUUCAGGGAUGAUGCAUCGAGAGAGGAAUUUUUUUCCAGUGGCAUGCUUCCCCAGCUAGAGUUUGCUUCACAGAAAUCUCUAAAGUCACUCCUCGAAUCUUCUGAUAAUGAUGGCAAUGAAGUUAAACAACAUUCUGCACAGAUUUCAUGUGCUGAAGCAGUCUUAGACAGCCCUGUCAUGGCAUCAGCAGCUGAAGACUUGGACAAGAAUGAUUCAGCUGACAACUUAUCUUACAACAGCAAGGUGGACAGUGGAAUCAUUACCUUGUAUUUCGACUCUUCUAAAUCUGCUGCAAGUGGCAGAGAUGAGAAUCCAGAAAAUGUUCAUGAACAACCCUUCGAGUCACAAAUUUUGCACAAUCAUGAUGAUGGGGCUUCUGAUAAUCUUUCAAUUGCUAGCCAAGUUCAACGUGGUGGAGGAGAGUCAAGUUUCUCUACGGCUGGUCCAGUGUCGGGUCUGGUAACAUACUCUGGGUCGAUAGCAUUUUCAGGUAGCAUUUCUCUUCGAUCAGAUAGCAGCACAACCAGCACCCGGUCCUUCGCCUUCCCCAUGUAA